UUGUACAUAAUUCCAGCAAGUGGGCGGAGCUUUUUCUUUGGUCAGCUUUCGUCAUUCUACUGCUGCUGCUGCUCGCCCCUUGGGAAACAAGCCACCUUUUGCUACCACCAGCAACCUUAGCUACCUUGAACCUCCGUGACCCUCCUGUCCCGAGGCCAACCGCGUAUAUUGUGACAGCAUACAAGUCGCAACUCAACCCCGAACCCGCACACGGCCUUCCGCAUCCCUAACGAAAGCCCCGUGUAUACACAAACGACCACCUCAUCCCACACCGAGUUCCCCGCGAAAAGCAACAAAUCUUCUCUUUCAAAAUGGGCGCAAGCAUGUCCUGGCUGUCGGGCCUCGUGUGGUCGAAGAAGGAGAUUCGCAUAUUGAUCUUGGGACUGGAUAACGCUGGCAAGACGACACUUUUGUACAGACUGAAGAUUGGUGAAGUCGUCACCACGAUCCCGACGAUAGGAUUCAAUGUCGAGUCCGUCACAUACAAAAACCUCAAUUUCAACGUUUGGGAUCUAGGCGGUCAAACCAGCAUCCGCCCCUACUGGCGGUGUUACUACGCCAACACGGCGGCCGUCAUCUUCGUCGUCGACUCAACCGAUAUUGAGCGUCUACAGACCGCCGCCGAGGAGCUGGGCGCCAUGCUCAACGAGGAGGAGCUCAAGGAUGCCUCGCUCCUCGUCUUCGCCAACAAGCAGGAUCAGCCUGGCGCCAAGGGUGCGGGCGAGAUCUCAGAGGCGCUACGCCUCGGCGAGCUGCGCGAUCGGAACUGGAGCAUCAUGGCCUGCUCUGCGGUCGACGGUAGCGGUGUCACGGAGGGCAUGGACUGGCUUGUUCAAACCGUCAACCAGGAGUCAUAAAGACGAGUACUUCGCCGACCCCUACACGACUAACCUCUCGAGAGUAACAACUUAUAUAUAACGCCCCUCACGAUUUAUAAUACGGCCCAUUGGUUGGGUAGAGCUGCGCAUUCAUGUGUGUUUGUCGACUUCUUCUUUUUGUUUUGGUGAGAAAGAGAGGGCAUUGCAAGAUCCCCGUCGACCCUCGGCGUACCGCGGGAACGGCGUUUCUGCGUUGGGUAGUGCCGGACUCCAGC